AUGACAAAGACAAAAGGAUUCCGAGACUGGCGAUGGCUGGCUCUUUUGUGGCAUUUUCUUUUGUGGACUACAGGGGACGCACAAACACGUUACAGCAUCCCAGAGGAGCUUAAACGAGGUUCGGUGGUUGGUAACUUGGGCAAAGAUCUGUCUUUGGGACUAUCUGAGAUAUUUGAGCGCAAACUGCGUGUCGCCUAUGAGGCUGGUAAGCAGUAUUUCAGCGUGGACGCGGGGAGGGGCGAGCUGCUGGUCAACGACAGAAUAGACAGAGAGGCUUUAUGCGGAAAAAGCGCCACCUGCGUGUUGCCUCUGCAAGUGGUGGUUGAAAAUCCUUUGCGGUCGCAUCGCAUUGAAGUAGAAAUUAAGGACAUAAAUGAUAAUUCGCCUCGUUUUCCAACGCAUGAAAUUAGCCUUGAAAUACCUGAAUCAGUUGCAAUCGGUACACGUUUUCCUUUAGAGAGUGCAGAGGACCCCGAUGUGGGUGGUAAUGCAUUGAAAAGUUAUUCUCUAAAUAAAAAUGAAUAUUUUUCAGUAAAAUUUAAAACAGAAAAGAAUGGUCUAACUGCCCCAGAGCUAGUGUUAGAAAAAUCAUUAGACAGGGAAAAAGUGUCUUUUCAUCAUUUAAUAUUAACAUCCCUUGAUGGUGGAAACCCUGUCAAAUCUGGAACAUGUAAAAUUAUAAUACAUGUGCUUGAUAUCAAUGAUAAUGUUCCUAUAUUUGGUGAGAAUGAGUAUGCUCUCUCUUUAAAGGAAAAUAGCACCAAAGGAACGUUUGUAUUGAGCGUAAAGGCGACAGAUGCUGAUGAUGGUGCCAACAGUGAAAUUACAUAUUCUUUUGGGUCUCGCACUCCAGAAACUGUUUUAUCCACUUUUGAUAUUAAUGAACAUACAGGACAAAUUGUUUUGAAGGGUCAAUUGGACUAUGAAACAUCCCCAUCUUAUCUAAUUGACGUAGUUGCAAAAGACAAAGGUGUACCCGAAAUGCAGGGCCACUGUCGCCUGCAGAUUAAUAUAGAAGACAUAAAUGAUAAUGACCCAGAAAUUAUUCUAACUUCUAAACCUAGUCCUGUACGGGAAGAUGCACCUUCUGGCACUGUAGUGGCUUUAAUUAGUGUCAAAGACAUUGACUCUGGUAAUAAUAGCAAAGUAACUUUACAUCUUCCCCGAGGUUCACCUUUCUCCCUGAGGCCAUCGUUCUCCCAAAAUUAUGAACUGGUCACCAGUAGUGGUUUGGACCGAGAGCGGAUGUCUGAGUAUAAUAUUAAAAUUACAGCCACUGACUCGGGCUCGCCCCCUCUCUCUAGUAGGAAAACAAUAACUGUCAGCAUCACUGACGUUAAUGACAACCCUCCUGUAUUCUCUCAGAGCUCUUACAACAUUUACGUAAAAGAGAAUGGAGCAUCAGGCUCCAUAAUGUUCUCCGUGUCUGCGAGCGACCCAGAUAUGGGAGAAAACGCCAAAGUGUCUUACUCCAUCGUGGAGUCUAAAGCUCAUGACGUGUCCGUGUCGUCUUAUGUCUAUGUGAACUCUGAGAACGGCAGUAUCUACAGCAUGCACUCAUUUGACUACGAGAAAGUCAAAGUGUUUGACAUUCUGGUGGAGGCGAAGGACCACGGCUCUCCAUCUCUUAGCGGCAACGCCACCGUCCAUGUUUUCGUACUGGACCAGAACGACAAUACCCCAACCGUCAUCUACCCCUCCCCCCACGCCGCCUCCCACCUGAGGUUGCCCCGCUCUGCCAAGGCAGGUCACCUGCUCACCAAGGUGACUGCUGUGGACGCGGACUCGGGCCACAAUGCAUGGAUUUCUUACAAAGUGGUGGAGGCCACCGAAUCCUCCCUCUUCACGCUAACUUCGUACACGGGGGAGGUGAGGACUAAACGUGCUGUGUCUGAGCACGAUGACGCCUCUCAGAGGCUGAUUGUCGAGGUCAAGGACGACGGAACACCAGUCCGCUCGACCACCGUCACACUGUCCGUUCUGCUGGAGGACAGUGUGAGCGAGCCCAUGUUGGAGCUGAGACACAAGGCAGCGUCCGAAUCCAGCAUGAAAGGUGGCAGAAUCACACUUUAUUUAAUUGUGUCACUGGCCUCGGUGUCUGUACUGUCUCUGAUCACUUUGCUGGUAUUGGCGGUGAAAUGCAUGAGGAGCAGCAUGAGUGGUGCUAGCUGCUGCGUGAGACAGACAGACUGUGAUGAGGACAAGAAGCCCAACAGAAAUCUCCACAUUCAGCUUAACACCGAUGGACCUAUCAAGUACGUGGAGGUUCUGGGAGGAGACGUCAUGUCGCAGAGUCACUCCUUCAGGUCCUGCAUGUCUCCUAUGUCGGAUUACAGUGAUUUCACCCUGGUUAAGCCAAGCAGUACCACUGACUUCAAGGAGGUCAUCAGUGUCCUAGAUGCAUCUUUACCUGACAGUACUUGGACCUUUGAAAGCCAGCAGAUGGCUUGA